AUGGAGAGCUCUAAGCUGUGGACGAGAGCGGUAGUUUGCACAGCGCUGCUGUCCAUCCUAUGUGGUGCUGAAACGAGCGACUCAGAAAUGGAAGUGGAUUUGGAAACGAGAAACAUUCACGACUUCUAUCCAAGAAAUCCGAAUCUAACGAACGAAAAACGUCUUGUAAGUCUAGCUAUAUUGUCUGUAAACUGUAUGCAUGAAUACUUAAGUCCGCGAGCAGCUUUUGGAAUUUAGAUUCCACUACCUCGAGAAAUAGAGUAGGCUAAAUUAUGCUAAAUACAAAAUAAAAAGCACAUUGUUCGAGAGACCAUGAAUGGUGUUUUAGAUUUUUGGGUCAAAAUAUGAAUAUAAGCUCAAGGAAUUGUAGUAAUGCUACACAAUGACAAGACAUAACGGUCAGAGCUUGAAGUGAUGUAAUAUUUUAAUUGUGUAUUUCCUACUGUUUCCACAGCUUGGAGCUCUACACGAAGUUCUCAAAAAGCUGCAGACCAAAAGAAUUAAUCCAUGGGAAAAGAAAUUUGGACAAGUUCCCACGGUAAGAUUUUACCCUCUUUGUUCAGAGAAUGUAUUCAUUUUGUAUAUGACGAAUAAUUACCAAAUGCAGAAUGACAAGAUUGUUUUUAUUUUAUUAUGGUCAAGUGUUCUUAAUGUAAGUAGACUUAUGCUAUUGGAAGUUCCUAACAUGUCAUUGGAUUAUUUCAUAAAUGCGGGGUGUUUCGAAACGAUUUACAGGAUGAUAUUGUAACCUACACUAUCCCCAUUGUUUUAAUUUAACAAUGUGACAUUAACCUUUUUCAGUGCGACGUGGGGGAGCAUUGCGCGGUGAGGAAAGGCGCUCGAAUCGGCAAAAUGUGCGACUGUCCACGGGGAGCUUUCUGCAACUUCUUUCUGUUGAAGUGCUUGUGA